AUGGACCCAGGGAGACAAGCCAGGCUGCAGGGCAAGGAUUACACCCGGGAACCCUCCAGGCCCAAGUUCGACCCCUUCACUCGCGUCUCGAAGCCAAAGAACAACCGCUCCGCCGCGCCGAAAGCCCAGUCCAAGACCAAGUACCUCACCCAGGACGAGCAGUCGGAGCAGUUUGUCGCCGACGAGGAUAAAUUCGUGUUGAAGCAGGCCAAGAAGAAGGCUGAUAUCCGUGUCCGCGAGGAUCGUGCCACGCCCAUCGACCUGCUCGCCUUCAACCUCCGCAAUAUCGAUGUUGAUCGCGACGUUUUCGACGACGAUGACGGCGACGUCGAGAUCGACCUCCAGGAGCUCGACACCGAAAUCACAAACUACUACACUCUCGAGAGCAACCAGCAGAACCUCGAGUAUUGGAGGGCGCUCCGCAUCAUUGGCCGCCACCGUCGAGACCAGCUCCUGAGCCAAGGAAGGGAUGACCGUGCCAUCGCAUCGGUAGCUGACGAUAUCGACAAGAUUCUCAGCCCCAAGACGUACGAACAGCUCGAGACCCUCGAGGGCCAGAUCAAGACCAAGCUCAACUCGAAUGAGGAUAUCGAUACCGACUAUUGGGAACAGCUCCUCAAGAGGCUCAACGUGUGGAAAUCCCGCGCGCAGGUCAGGAAGAUAUACCAGGACAUCAAGAGCGCGCGCGUCGAGCAGCUCAAGAAGACGAACCCGGACUUGGCAGCGGCUCUCGAGGCCUCGGACGUCUCCGCGGCGGGACCCGUACAGGUGGCGCCCGCGCCCGCGCCCGCGAGGACCGAACCCGAAUCGUACACCUCACUGGCUGCCCAGGGCGCCAGCGCGCCGCCGGGAACUGCUAGGUUCGCGCAGCUCCCCAACGAAGACUUUUCGCAGACGACCAAGGCGCUCUUCGAGCGCGAAGUGGCCAAGGGCUUCAGCGAGAACGAGGAAAUCUUCGCCGCCGAGGAAUCCAUGGGCUACGAAUGGAACAAGUACAACCAGACCCACUACGACCACGAUAACCCGCCGCCCAAGGUCGUCCAGGGCUACAAGUUCAACAUCUUUUACCCCGACCUGAUCGACAAGACCAAGGCGCCCACCUACAAGAUCAUUCGCGAGCAUGGUCGCCGGCGCGGCGAAUCCUUCACGCCUGCUGGCGAGGCGGACACCUGCUUGAUCCGGUUCAUCGCCGGGCCGCCCUACGAAGACAUUGCGUUUAGGAUAGUAGAUCGCGAGUGGGAUUACAGCGCGAAGAAGGAAAGGGGAUUCCGCAGCACAUUCGACAAGGGCAUCUUGCAAUUACAUUUCCAGUUCAAAAGGCUUGAGCCAUAUGAUCUAGGCUACUCAGGGCUAAUUCUGGGUGGCUCGAGUCUCCUCCAGAGCCUCAAAGCACGGCACGCCCCUCCACGACAGCAUUAA